CCAUUGCGAGAUUCCGUCCCCUCACUUGAGUACUACUACCUCCGGGGCAUCUGUCACUUAAAGGCUCUUCGGUGCUUCACACGUGGAGAGUGUUAGCACGUCGCUGCGUUUCUGAAGGGUUGUAUACAAACCAGAUCGAAGAUGUGGAGUGAGGACGUGGAGCGCCUGCUGAUCCAGUUUCAGAAUGAGGAAGGGGAGAUUCUGGGUUCACCUUUCGAUGUUUCUCUAGACAUCACCCCAGACAAACUCCAACUGGUCUGCAAUGCACUGCUACAGAAGGACGAGCCAGUACCACUGGCAUUUUUUGUGCGCGGAGAGUCAGAGGUGGUGUCCAACCUGCGGACUUGUGUGAAGGCUCUUGCCAUCGAGACAGAGCAGGUCCUUCCAGUUGUGUACCAGCCCCAGGCUGUGUUCAGGGUCCGAGCUGUGUCCCGGUGUACCAGCACACUACAGGGACACACGGAAGCGGUCAUCUCAACUGCUUUCAGCCCCACUGGCAAAUAUCUGGCUAGUGGUUCCGGUGAUACCACAGUGCGCUUUUGGGACUUGUCAACUGAGACGCCUCAUCACACUGCCAGAGGACACACUCACUGGGUGCUGACCAUUGCCUGGUCACCUGAUGGCAAGAAACUGGCUUCAGGGUGCAAGAACAGUCAGAUCUGUCUUUGGGAUCCAGUGACAGGUGCACAGAUUGGGAAGACUAUGACAGGACACACCAAGUGGAUCACCUGGCUGUGCUGGGAGCCUCUCCAUCUUAACCCAGAGUGUCGUUACAUAGCCAGUAGCUCGAAGGACGGCUCAUUACGUAUCUGGGACACCGUGUUGGGACGCUGUGAGAAGAUCCUGACUGGACACACUCAGUCAGUCACCUGCGUGAAGUGGGGAGGAGAUGGACUUCUGUAUAGUUCUUCUCAGGACAGAACGAUCAAAGUCUGGAGAGCCGAAGACGGUGUCCAGUGCAGGACUCUGCAGGGUCAUGCCCACUGGGUGAACACCCUAGCCCUCAGCACAGACUAUGUUCUGCGCACUGGUGCUUUUGAACCUGCAACUGCCACUGUGAACCCACAAGACCUCAAGGGAUCACUGGAAGAGCUGAAGGAGAAGGCCUUGGAGAGAUAUAGUAAAGUCAGGGGUUCCGCCUCAGAGCGCUUGGUGUCCGGCUCGGAUGAUUUCACCUUGUUCAUGUGGAACCCUGCAGAAGAGAAGAAACCUCUCGCCAGGUUGACAGGCCACAGCGCUCUGGUCAACGAAGUCCUCUUCUCCCCGGACACCAGGCUCCUCGCCUCUGCCUCGUUCGAUAAAUCUGUUAAAAUAUGGGACGGACGCACUGGAAAGUACUUGAUGUCCCUGCGUGGCCAUGUGGGAUCUGUGUAUCAAGUGGCGUGGUCCGCAGACAGCAGGUUGCUGGUCAGUGGCAGCAGUGACAGCACUCUAAAAGUUUGGGAUGUUAAGACUGGAAAGCUUAACAUGGACCUGCCUGGCCACGCUGAUGAGGUUUAUGCCGUGGACUGGAGUCCUGAUGGACAAAGAGUGGCCAGUGGCGGGAAAGACAAAUGUCUCCGAAUAUGGAGAAGAUAGUCAGACCUCUGUUCUGACGCUGGCUGAGGAUUCACAUCUUCUAACGUCAAGAAACCCGACAGCUGGAGCAAGGGUGACUAGACUGUUCCUAAUCCACCAUUUGGCUUUAUUACACGGUCCGUCAAAUGCAUUGUGUCAAGGAACUGUACUCUGGUCACAAUGCAGACGUCACGGGAAUACUGAUGAGUGUGAAGGUGUUCAGCUCAAUGGAACUGAAGAAUGGGAGACGGUCUUUUCAUCACAACAAACAUCCGUUAAGAUAAUUUCAAAUAGAAGCUGUACUGUGCGGAUUUCAGUAUUUGCAUCUCAGAUUUGUGCUAUGAGGAUUUAUAUUCAUGUACAUACUGUUCAUGUACCUACUGGAUAUACAGAAGCCACAAACAAGGACUUGUAUUUAAAAGUGAAUACAUUUCACCUGCACAUUAGGAAACAUAUUUCUCAGCAGCAUGUUUGUCCCCUCCCUCACCUUAAGCUUCACUAAAUGACCUAUAUCCCGAAGGUGACAGGUGGGAGCGCUAAUACCUUCCUCUGUGAUGUUAAUGCAGACGGAGCUCGCCGUGCUCCGUCAGCCUUUAAUCUCCUCAGUCUCGCGGUCAGCAAAGCCGCAAUCCGCUGUAUUUUCUGCCUUUUGUAGCAAAGCCAAGUGUCACCAACUCUGAACCAUGCGAUUCUCAUCAGUGAGGAAAAUCCAGGUUCACCAUUCCAGCUACGAGACAUUUUAUAAUCUGUACCAACUUGCUUUGUGUAUAUUUACCACCAAUAAAUCUAAAUCACAGCA